AUGUCAGAAGUGGAAUACAACCAAGAGAACACGCACUACGCUGAGGUCGACAACUUCGACCGCGACGCCAUGUCGCAGACGCGAGCUCGUUCGCGCUCACCUGUGGCUGGCGGCGCACCAUCAUCCGACCGCAGGGACCGCGAUCGAACUGACCGAACCGACCGAACCGACCGAUCUGACCGUCCUCGUAGCUUCAACGAUCGUGCGAUUGCAUCUCAGCACGCCGCAACGCAAGCCUCAAGAAAGAGUCAGAAGAACUGCAGGGUUUACGUGGGAAACCUAAGCUACGGCGUCAAGUGGAACACGCUCAAGGACUUUAUGAGGGAGGCCGGCCACGUCGUGUUUUCUGAGGUGCUAACUCUGCCAAACGGAAGCUCCAAGGGUUGCGGAAUUGUCGAGUACAGCACACCCGAGGAGGCACAAAAAGCCAUCCGCGAAAUGACCAACAAGCAGCUCGAAGGUCGUCAAGUCUUUGUUCGAGAGGAUCGUGAAGACGAGGUGCGCUACGGUACCUCCCCAGGAGGUCCUCCUCGCGGCGGCGGACGCGGCGGUCUUGGCGGAUCGAGUGGCCGUGGAAGCUUUGGGCCUCCCGUUCGAGGUGGUUUCUAUGGUGGCCCUCCGCCUCCGCCUUAUGGUGGCUUUGGCGGAGGCGCACCCACGCAACUCUUUAUUGGUAACUUGCCUUUCGACGUAAGCUGGCAAGAUCUCAAGGAUCUGUUCCGAUCGGCAGGUAACAUCACGCGUGCUGACAUCAACAUGGGUCACGACGGACGCUCCAAGGGGAGCGGCAUUGUUGCCUAUGCCGACUCGAAUGAUGCUUCCAACGCGAUUGCCAUGUACCACGGCUACGAAUUCCGUGGACGCAUGCUCGAGGUGAGGCUGGACAAGUUUGCCAGUGCUCCUCCCAUGGACCCGUACGGCCGGGCCGGGUACGGACCUCCUCCUCGGGGUGGCCGUGGCGGCUUUGGCGGUGCGUACGGCGGCCGUGGUGGGUACGGUGGACGGGGCGGCUACGGCAGUGGAUACGGUGACCCGUACGGUGGCGGCUACAGCCACGAAGCUUACGGCGGUGCUUACGGAGGCGGAUAUGGUGGAGGAUACGGUGAUCGCCAUGGUGCUGCUGGCGGCUACAGCACACGCGCCUCUGGACCCACUAGCGCUCGUGCUCCAGCGCCGCCAGCAGCUCCCUCGCAGCAGAUUUUUGUCAAGAAUUUGCCUUGGUCGACAUCGAACGAGGACCUGGUAGAGCUGUUCCAAACCACGGGUAAAGUGGAUGAAGCUGAGAUUGUCAUCGGAGGCGGUCGAAGCAAGGGGUGCGGUGUCGUUCAAUUCGCCACUGUGGAGGAUGCAGAGACGGCAAUUGCCAAGUUCAACAACUACGUCUACGGUGGAAGGCCGCUCGACAUUGAGUUCAACCGUCGCUGGACCAAGUUUGGAACGGGCGGUGGAAGUGUCAAUGGUGGCAAUGACGGAAAUGCUCCCAUGGUUGAAGUUUCGGCGCAAGAUGAUGAGGAUGGCGAUGCGCCUGUGCCCAUGCAAGGCUAG